AGUUCGCUCUCCCAAAUGCCCACAGUAGCUGAGGCUGGGAACCAGGAAGUCCGUCUGGGUCUCCAUGUGAGUGACAGGCUCCCAGCACAGGAGCCGUCGCCUGCUGCCUCCCAGCAGGGAGCUGGGUCAGAAGCAGAGCAGCUGAGACUUGGCCCAGGGCUCUGACGUGUGCAGGCAUCCCAGGCGGUGACUUACUUACUGUCAGACACCUCUGAAGAUUGGAUUUUGCUUUCAAUCUGUAGUGUAGCAAUUACACUUACUUCCUGUAAUUCCCAGUUUUAGGGUAAGCAUCAUUGCUGCUGUGAGAAGCAGUCAGGAGCCGCAGCCCCUGUGUCCCGUGUGGAGCCUGUGCUUUCUGGGGGUUUGGUUAGGUUGUCAUGAAGACAGAGUUGGGGUGUAGUGAGCAGAACCAGCGGCUUUUGUGGCGUCGUUUUCCUCGGUUAAUGUGAACUAUUGUGGUGUUAACAGCCUAGGAUGAAGACCACAGGAGACUCAGAACAGCAGAUGGUGAGGUUGAGGUAUUUCCCACGCCACUUUGGACUUGACUGUGUCAGAUGGAGUUUGUUGAUUUGCCUUAAAUGAUUCUUGAUGUCUUUCCUUUUAUGUCGUUGCUCAUCCUGAGAGAGCAAGGCCACCGCGGGCGCCUGUGCUCCUUGGUUGCAUCCACCCCUGGGCAGUGUGCAUGGGGCAGGACUUGAUGAGCGUGGCCUGCUUCAGCAGUGACCUGAAAACGUCAGGCUGUGUUGUGUUCGCGGCGUGGAGAAGGCGCAGAGGCGCAGUGCAGUCAGAGGCGCGGUGUCCUGGAGCGGCGUUCACAGCUCGCGUGGGGCGAAGACCACCUUCGGCUAAGCUCAGCAACGUGACGUGCAUCCCUGAGACAACUUACAAAUAUCCUGAUCUGCCUAUAAAUCGAUGUAAGGAAGAGGUUGUUUCUCUGAUAGAAAGCAACUCCGUGGUGAUCAUACACGGUGCCACCGGCAGUGGCAAGAGCACCCAGCUCCCACAGUACAUCCUGGACCAUUACGUGCAGCGCUCUGCCUACUGCAACAUCGUGGUUACGCAGCCACGCAAAAUCGGGGCCAGCAGCAUUGCCCGGUGGAUUAGCAGAGAGCGCUCCUGGACGCUGGGCGGGCUGGUGGGCUAUCAGGUGGGGCUGGAGAAAAUAGCAACUGAAGACACCAAGCUGCUGUACAUGACCACAGGGGUCCUGCUGCAGAAGGUGGUGAGCGCCAAGAGCCUGGUGGAGUUCACGCACAUCUUCAUCGACGAGGUACAUGAGAGAACGGAAGAAAUGGACUUCCUGCUGUUGGUGGUGCGCAAACUUUUACGAACAAACUCGCGCUUUGUGAAGGUGGUCCUGAUGUCUGCCACCAUCAACUGCCAGGAGUUCGCGGACUACUUCGCCGUGCCGGUGCAGAACAAGAUGAAGCCCGCCUACGUGUUCGAAGUGGGAGGCCAGCCCCACGCCAUCGAGGAGUACUACCUGAACGACCUGGGGCACAUUCAUCGUGGCGGGCUUUCUGCUCAUCUCCUGGAGGAACCGGUGAUAACCAAGGAUAUCUAUGAAGUGGCCGUCUCCCUGAUUCAGAUGUUUGAUGACUUGGAUAUGAAGGAGAACAGGAACAAGACCUGGUCGGGCGCCCAGUUUGUGUCGGAACGGAGCAGCGUGCUGGUCUUCCUGCCAGGGCUGGGGGAGAUAAACUACAUGCACGAGCUCCUCACAAACAUGGUUCACAGAAGGCUGCAGGUGUACCCGCUGCACUCAAGCGUGACCCUGGAGGAGCAGAACAACGUGUUUCUGAGCCCAGUCCCCGGGUAUCGGAAGAUCAUUCUGUCCACCAACAUCGCGGAGAGCUCCGUCACGGUGCCAGACGUCAAGUACGUUAUAGACUUCUGUCUGACCAGAACUCUGGUGUGUGAUGAAGACACGAACUACCACAGCCUGCGGCUGAGCUGGGCUUCCAAAACCAGCUGUAACCAGAGAAAAGGCCGGGCUGGACGCGUGUCAAAAGGCUACUGUUACAGACUGGUGUACAAGGACUUCUGGGACAGCUCCAUCCCUGACCACGCUGUCCCAGAGAUGCUGCGUUGCCCCUUAGGAAGCACAGUAUUGAAAGUGAAAUUACUGGACAUGGGUGAGCCGAGAGCUCUGCUGGCCACUGCCCUGUCCCCUCCCAGCCUGAGCGACAUCGAGCGCACCGUCCUGCUGCUGAAGGAGGUGGGAGCGCUGGCAGUCAGCGGGCAGCGAGAGGACGAGAACCCCCAUGACGGCGAGCUGACCUUCUUGGGAAGGGUUCUGGCUCAGCUUCCUGUUAACCAGCAGCUCGGUAAACUCAUCGUGCUGGGGCACGUGUUCGGGUGCCUGGACGAGUGUCUCAUCAUCGCGGCAGCGCUGUCUCUGAAGAACUUCUUCGCCAUGCCCUUCAGGCAGCAUCUGGAUGGAUACAGGAGCAAGGGCAGCUUCUCUGGCAACAGCAAGAGUGACUGCAUCGCCCUCGUGGAGGCGUUCAAAGCGUGGCAGGCGCGCAGGCAGCGAGGGGAGCUGCGGCAUCCCAAGGAUGAACUCGACUGGGGACGCCUAAAUUACAUUCAGAUCAAGAGGAUCCGAGAGGUAGCUGAGCUGUAUGAAGAACUGAAGAACAGGAUCUCACAGUUCAACAUGUGUGUUGGGUCGCGGCGGCCGGUCAUGGACCAGGAGUACACGCACAAGCAGCGCUUCAUCCUGCAGGUUGUGUUAGCAGGUGCUUUCUAUCCAAAUUACUUCACUUUUGGACAGCCGGACGAGGAAAUGGCGGUGCGCGAGCUGGCUGGCAAAGACCCGAAGACAACCAUUGUGCUGAAGCACAUCCCUCCCUACGGGUUCCUCUACUACAAGCAGCUGCAGUCCCUCUUCAGACAGUGCGGCCAAGUCAAGUCCAUCGUGUUCGACGGCACAAAAGCCUUUGUGGAGUUCUCCCGUGACCCGACAGAGAGGUUUAAAACUCUCCCUGCAGUGCACAUGGCGGUCAAGAUGUCCCAGCUGAAAGUGGCCCUGGAGCUCAGCGUGCACCCUGCAGAGGAGAUUGAGGGGAAGGUGCAAGGCGGGGCCGUGUCGAAGCUCAGGGGCAUCAGGGUGAAUGUGGACUUCCAGAAGCAGACGGUAGAUCCAAUGCAAGUCUCAUUUAACACAUUAGACAGAUCACGGACAGUCACAGAUCUCCUCCUGAGUGUCGACGUCACAGAGGUGGUUGAGGUGGGGCACUUCUGGGGAUAUAGGAUUGAUGAAAGAAACUCCGAGAUUCUGAGGAAGCUGACUGCUGAAAUAAACCGGCUGAAGCUGGUGCCGCUGCCGGUUCACCCACACCCAGACCUGGUCUGCCUGGCACCUUUUGCUGAUCUCGAUGAAGAAAGCUACUUUAGAGCUCAAAUCCUUUAUGUUUCUGGAAAUUCUGCGGAGGUGUUCUUCGUAGACUACGGCAAUCGGGCUCACGUGGCCCUCAGUCUUCUCAUGGAGAUUCCGAGUCAGUUUCUGGAACUCCCAUUCCAGGCUUUGGAAUUUAAAGUUUGCAAAAUGCGACCCUCGGCCAAGUCUCUGGUGUGUGGGGAGCACUGGAGCGGCAGGGCCAGCGGGCGGUUCGCCUCCCUGGUGAGCGGCUGCCCGCUGCUCGUGAAGGUCUUCUCCGUGGUGCACAGCGUGCUGCACGUGGACGUGUACCGCUGCUCGGGGGCCCAGGACGCCGUCAACAUCAGAGACGUCCUCAUCAGAGAGGGCUACGCCGAGCUCACAGAGGAGUCGUAUGAGUCGAAACAAAGCCACGAGGCUCUCACGGCGCUCUUUCCCAAGUCGGCGGAGAGCGGGCUGGACGGGUGUGUGCCGUCCGCCGCGCAGGACGACGGGAAGCAGCUGAUCCGCGUUCUGCUGGAGAGCUUCUCUUCCAACAGGCUGGGAGCCCCCACCUGCAAGGUGAUGCUCCACGGGCCGUUUAACCCUUACGAGCUGAAGUGUCACAGUUUGACGAGGAUAUCCAAGUUCAGGUGCGUCUGGAUCGAGAAGGAGAGCAUCAACUCUGUCGUCAUCAGCGACGCGCCGGCCGACCCCCACCAGAGGAUGCUGGUCGCGGCGUCCCUGUCAGUCAACGCAACUGGCUCCACCAUGCUGCUGAGAGAGACCUCGCUGCUGCCCCAGAUCCCCGGGCUGCCCGCCGUCCUCAGCAUGCUGUUCGCACCCGUGAUGGAGUUAAGGGUUGAUCGCGAUGGAGAACGCUACACCGGAGUCCUUUGUGGCUUGGGGUGGAAUCCAACCACGGGAGCCCCGGUGCUGCCGGAGCACGACAUCGAGCUGGCCUUCGACGUUCGCUUCCGUGUGGAGGACAUCAUAGAGAUCAACAUUCUCAGGGCUGCGAUCAACAAGCUGGUGUGUGACGGCCCCAACGGGCUGAAGUACCUGGGGCCCGAGAGGGUCGCGCAGCUGCAGGACGACGCGCGUCGGAAACUCCUGAGUUUGUUCUGCCAGUCAAAGCCAAGAGAGAAGGUUGUUCCCACGUGGCACGAGAAGCCCUACGAGUGGAACCAGGUUGACCCACGGCUGGUCAUGGAGCAGGCGGCGCGGGAAGACGGCCGGGGGAAGAGCACGCCGCUGUACCAGCUGCACAAGCUGAUUGUGCUGGGUCCCUGAGCUCGCGACGGUGGGCAGGGGCUGGGGCCGCCCGGCUGUGUGUCCACGCUCCUGUGGCCAGCCGCCUCCUCUCUCUGGAGCAUGGGCGGCAGCCGUCUCUGUCGGUGAGGGGGUUGGAGAGAUAGGAAGGUGCCAUCCUAAAUUCGUGUGAAAGAGGAGCUCCAGUUUGCUUUAAUUUAUGAAGGUCAGUGUACGUAGCCAAUCCCACAUGGAAAGUUCUAGAAUGUGCUGGUGGAUUUUGUUCUGUUAAAUGGUUUAAACCUGGGCUACAGAGAAGACCGUGAUUUCCAGUUCACCACGAGGGAGGCCAUGUUUCUUUUUAAAAACCAUGUCGCAUUUCCUGAUUUUUUCCACAAAGGAAGAUAACUAAUUUUGGGAAACCUAACUUUACUUUUGUAUAUUUAAGACUUUUUUAGUUAAGUCAUAACUCCGGGGCCACGUUUGGAAAUCAGAGGGGUCACCUGGCAGCGAGCCUGUAUGUGGAGACAAUAAAAGCAUAGACCACGUU